CCUGGGAGCCUGCAUCUGGGGAGGAACCUGCCAGCAAGGAUGUGCCUGGGGAGGCCGAGCGUCCACUGCUCAGCCCUUACAAGGCCAGGCAGCUGACGCCUGGCUUUGCAGCCAGAAGCAGUGGCAGGUCCUGACUAAGUCAGAUGUGUCAUGGGGAAAACUGUUACCUGGCUGCUGCCCUCCUCACAGCAGCAAAUUAACAUCCCACAGUAAACACAGAGCCUGCAAUUAGCAGAAACCCAGUCCUCAUUUUUCAUGUUCAGGUGUGAUUAACAUCUGCAACCUCAGAACAUUGUUUCUGUGGUUGGAAGUGCACUGCUUGCCCAUCCCUCAUCAGGGGCACCCUGUCAGCCCCACAGGGAAGUGUGAGACUGCUGCCAGCAGAGGAGCAGCCUGCUUUCCCUCCGUGGCUAAAAGCCCUUGGUUUUCCAGCGUGCAGGAAUGUGUGUGCACUGUGCAGUGCAGAAACAGCUCCGUCCCCUACCCCUGUGGGAGGGGAGGAGGUUCUGGCAGCACUGAAACAGCUUCCCUGCACGUUUGCGGUGCUUUAAGACGCUAAAGGCUGCCCUGGUACCUCCCACACCCCAGGGUGUGCGGAUCCUCCCCUUGGCAUCCUUUUCCCAAAGCCUCCUUCUCCCCAUCCUGCUCCCUAUAUAUUUGAACCCCCACGGAGCUGUAUCUUCUCUCCUGACGUGCUCCGAGCAGGCAGGAUGCAGGCAGGAUCAUCUCCUUCUGCUUCUCAGGUGGGAUCCAGCCCAGCCUCCAGAGCAGAAAAGUGUGGAGCGUGUGGUCCUGGCUUCUCCUCACCUCUGGAUGCCAUGAAAGGUCCCCGAGAGGAGCUUGUGUACGUGCCCUGCAUCUACAGGAACACAGGGAGGAAGAAACCCGACUUUCUGGCCACUGUGGACAUCAACCCCCAAUCUCCACACUACUGUCAGGUGAUUCACCGCCUGCCCAUGCCCAACGUGGGGGACGAGCUGCACCACUCGGGCUGGAACACCUGCAGCAGCUGCUUCGGGGAUGCCACCAAGAAGCGCAACCGCUUGAUCCUGCCCAGCUUCAUCUCCUCCCGCAUCUACGUGGUGGACGUGGGGACCGACCCGCGAGCUCCCAGGCUUUUCAAGGUUGUCAACCCAGAGGAUGUGUUCUGGAAGUGUAGCCUGGGCUACCCCCACACCUCCCACUGCCUGGGCAGUGGGGACAUCAUGAUCAGCGCCCUGGGAGACCCGGCCGGCAGCGGGAAAGGUGGCUUCAUUCUGCUGGAUGGAGAGACCUUUGAGAUCAAAGGGAACUGGGAGAAAGGGGACAAGAUCCCCUCAAUGGGUUAUGACUUCUGGUACCAGCCGCGCCACAACGUUCUGAUCAGCACUGAAUGGGGAAUCCCAAAAUGCCUGGGAUAUGGAUUUGACCCAGCUGAUCUGAAGAAAGGGCGCUAUGGACGCCACCUCAACGUGUGGGACUGGACCACUCGCACCUACAUCCAAGCCAUCGAUGUGGGUGAGGAUGCAGCGCCCCUGGAGAUCCGCUUCCUGCACAACCCCGAUGCUGCCGAGGGCUACGUGGGCUGCACCAUCAGCAGCGCCAUUCACCGCUUCUACAAGACCAAGCAAGGAGACUGGGCGGCUGAGAAGGUGAUCCAAGUCCCCAGCAAGAAGGUGGAGGGAUGGCUCCUCCCGGACAUGCCAGGCUUCAUCACCGACAUCCUCAUCUCGCUGGAUGACCGGUUCCUGUAUUUCAGCAACUGGCUGCAUGGGGACAUCCGCCAGUAUGACAUCUCCAACACCCGCAAGCCCAGGCUGGUGGGGCAGACCUUGGCUCUCUCGCAGAUCUUUUUGGGUGGCAGCAUCACCAAGGGCGGCCCCGUGACCGUGUGCAGGGAUGAAGAGCUGCAGAGCCAGCCGGACCCGUUUGUCAUCCAGGGGAAGAGGGUGCAGGGGGGACCCCAGAUGAUCCAGCUCAGCUUGGAUGGGCAGAGGUUGUACGUCACCACCUCCCUGUACAGCGCCUGGGACAGGCAGUUCUACCCCGACCUCAUUGAGGACGGCUCCGUGAUGCUGCAGCUGGACGUGGACACAGAGCACGGUGGCCUCACGGUCAACCGGAGCUUCCUGGUGGAUUUUGGGAAGGAGCCCGAUGGGCCCUGCCUGGCGCACGAGAUCCGGUACCCGGGCGGGGACUGCACCUCCGAUAUCUGGGUUUAGGCACCAUCGCAUCCGGACACUGGGAGCGCCGCUGGCACCCGUCUGGUGACCGUGAAAUAAAGCAAGCUCUGGCCUCA